UUUGUACACUUUACAUUGUACCUUCGAAAAUAACUGAUAUUGAACUGUAAAAUGUUUAUGUUAAUAAAAAAUGGAUUCCGAAAAAUUAUGGUAAGCCCUGGAGGAGUGAUACUAACACAUCAAUUACCUAGGAGUACUGUGGCUUGGUACGAUACUCCUGAAUGUCAAUAUAUACAAAUGAGUAAAGUCCCAACAUUGCAUUUUCAAACGUCUUUACCAAGAUUACCAAUACCAAAGCUUGAAGAUACAUGUCAGAGAUAUUUAAAUGCCCAGAAGCCUUUAUUGAAUGAUGAAGAAUUAAAGCACACAUCAUCCUGUAUUUCGAGAUUUCUUGCCAACGAAGGACAAAGUUUGCAGAAGCAGCUACUACAAAACAAUGCUGAAAAUCCACAUACUAGUUACAUUACCGAACCAUGGUUUGAUAUGUAUUUACGAGAUCGCAAACCUUUGCCAAUUAAUUAUAAUCCUUUCUUAGUUUUUGUACCGGAAUCUGAUUUAAAGUAUGAUGCACAAUUGGUAAAAGCAACUAAUCUUGUUGUGUCAUCGUUGAGAUUUUUGAAGUCUCUUAAAAAUAAUAUUCUAGAGCCAGAAGUAUUUCAUAUGAAACCUGAAAAAUCAGAUACUCAAUUAUUUCGGAAUGUUACAAGACUGAUUCCACCUCGCUUUAGCUGGUAUGGUGCUUAUUUAUUUAAGGCUUUUCCAUUAGACAUGUCUCAGUACAAGAAUCUAUUCAAUACUACUAGGAUACCAGAAAUAGGGAAAGACAGAAUUUUUCACGAGCCUUCAGCAAAGCAUUUACUUGUACUGAGGAAAGGUCAUUUUUACACUUUUGAUGUUUUGGAUGCAAACGAUUGUAUUCGUAGUCCUAAAGAGAUAGCUGCAAGUUUAAAGGCCAUUUUAGAAGAUGAUAGGCCACCAAAUAAACAUCCUGUAGGCGUCCUUACAACUUCAGAAAGAGACGAAUGGGCGCAAACUCGGUCACAUUUAAUUGAAACGGGAAAUCAAGAAAUUCUCAAGAAAAUUGAUUCAGCUAUAUUUGCAAUGAUCUUAGAUGAUGAAGUUAUUGGCACCGAUUAUAACAAAUUAAUUAGAACGUACCUACAUACCGACGGUACCAAUCGAUGGUUUGACAAAUCAUUUUCUCUUAUCGUUUCUAAGGAUGGCUACGGUGGAAUCAAUUUUGAGCAUUCGUGGGGUGAUGGUGUUGCAGUGCUUAGAUAUUUCCAAGAUGUGAAAAGCGACAUAUCAGAAAAACCUAGAUUUCAUCCUAAUGAAGUGGAUGAACUUUCCAAAGAAAGUACAAAUAUUGAGAGACUACAAUUUUCUAUAGAUGCAAAAAGCGAAAGUAUUAUAAAUCAGCAGAAAGCAAAGUAUCAAGGAUGGAUCAAUCGAUUAUGCGUUGAUCAUAUAAUUUAUGAAGAAUUUGGUAAAGAACAGUGUAAGAAGCUCAGGGUAAGUCCAGAUGCAGUGAUGCAGCUGGCAUUCCAAUUGGCUUUGUACACUUUAGAAGGCAGAUUGGUACCAACUUAUGAAUCUUGCAGCACAGCUGCAUAUAAACAUGGAAGAACAGAAACUAUCAGACCUUGUACAUUAGAAACUAAAGCAAUCUGCGCUGCUAUCACACAGAAGCAAAUCGAGCUUUCUAAGUCAGAGUUGAAAAGAAUGAUAUUGGAAUGUAGUAACGCUCACAAUGUACUUACGAAAGAAGCUGUAAUGGGCCAAGGAUUUGACAGACAUUUGUUUGCUCUGAAAAGAUAUGCAGAGAAGUCAGAUUCUGUUAAGCCAGCCAUUUUUCAAGAUCCGGCAUAUGAUGCUUUAAAUUAUAAUAUACUAUCCACAUCCACUUUAUCGAGUCCAGUUGUAAUGGCCGGUGGAUUUGGACCAGUGGUACCUGAUGGUUAUGGAAUAGGAUAUAUGAUCCAAGAUAAACGUUUGGGUGUUGUAGUGACAAGUUACGAAGGUGUUCGUAAUGCCAGCAAAUAUGUACAAACAUUAGAACAUGCGUUCAAGAAUAUCCAUGAUGUGUUACAUGCAUAAUAUUGGGUUUUAAUUUUCGUAUAUUUUUGCCUAGAUUGAUUAUAAUCAAUAAUUAUUGAUUAUUAAUUAUUAUUUCACCAAAAUCAUUGAUCAUUAUACAACUGGUAUAUAAUUAUUGUAUAGUGUUAUCGCAUAUAUAUAUAUAUACAAGAACUUUUAUAAUCAUGUUAUUGAUAUCAGAGAUAGAUAUAUGUUACCAUCCUUUUC